AUGCAUCAACAGGCUUUACUUACAUUAAAUGACCUUCGCCAUCCAGCAUUGCCUCUUCGUUUAAUGGGAGGCACGCCAGAUUCUGGUGAGGGAGGGGCUCGGAAAUUAAUUGCCUUCCAAUUCACUACGAUUGAUAAGCGUCAGAUUCGUCAAAGUAUUGGCAAGUUUGUGAACGAAGGAGCAAAUGUAGAAUCACGCGUACGUGAUGCUAUGACGGAAACGCACGGUUUACAGCGAUCUAAUGCUUACACGCAUGGACGUGGAAACACGCAUACAUCCAAAAAGCUGGGUCCGUAUCGAUCCGACGUUUUAUGUCGGCUUGCUCAAGCCAUACCUCAGCAAUUCCUCUCAUCGUACGAAUUGUCAAACGAGGAACGCGUCGUUGAGACCCAAGAGUCGAAUCACUCUGUGCCACAGUACUCUGAAUCUGAUGAACUUUUUCACGAAGACAUUGAUUCUCCGCUUGGAGCCGAGCGGCUUCGAUUCACAGAGCAGACGUUGCAGCGCGAUCGUACAUGUCCACAUGACGAACCUCAGCCCACAAUGAUUCCAUUGCCUUCGACAUUUGAUAACUUAUCUUCGCGAUAG